AUGAGACAGUUGUCAUCGAGGAAAGGCGACAAGCGCUCGGCGACAUCCAGCCGAGACCUGGUUCUUGCGCUGACUCUUGUGUUCCAGCUGCCGACUACCAAUGCCAUUGUCUUCCCGAGCAACAACCCCAACUACAAGACCGACUAUUUGCAACUAAACAAACGGUAUAACCCCGCCAGGCGAGGACCGCCCGAGGACUGGAACGGGAGAAUACCUUUAAAGAUCACCAACUCAUGCCCUGAGACGAUCUGGCCCGGUAUCACCACGCAACAUGGUAUCGGCCCCGGGACCGGUGGCUUCGAACUUGCUGCAGGUGACAGCCGAGACCUCUGGGUCGGUCCUACAUGGCAAGGCCGAGCGUGGGGACGCACCAACUGCACCGUCAAUGGAGAAUCGGCUGGUUGCACAACGGGAGACUGCUUUGGAAAGCUUGAUUGCGAGUUCAGUGGUGCUGUUCCAUCUACGCUCGCUGAAUUCAACCUAGCAGGAGGUGUCAACGGAAGACAAACAUUCUACGACAUAUCUCUUGUUGAUGGCUACAACAUCCCGGUGGGUAUCAAUUACAUUCCUGCUGGGAAUACCACAUACAUCCCGCCAAACCUGACCAACUGUGCCUGUAUCGCAACGCCUGGAUUCAUGGCGGAGCGCUCGGCGACCGGCAACAUCUAUACCAACACCACCUACCCAGUGCCCUGGGAACCGAAUGAGUCGAACGAGAGCGUUCGAGACUGGUGUCCGUGGCCGCUGCUCUCCAACCCACCUGACAAACCAGGUGACGGUGUCUAUCCGUACCCGGAUGACAACAUCAAGCGUCCUGACUUUAGCCCGUGCAAGAGUCAGUGUGCCGCCACUAAUGCGGAUCAGGACUGCUGCGUCGGCAAAUGGCACGAUCCUAACAAGUGCAAGCCAGGCUUAUACUCCAGGCAUGCCAAGGCUAUGUGCCCUGAUGCUUAUAGCUUCGCCUUUGACGACCAGACGUCAACCUUCAUCAUCCCCUCAGGCGGUGGCUGGGAGGUAGUCUUCUGUCCCGCGGGAAGGAGUACUAACAUCCUACGUACCCUAGGACCACAGCUGUUCGAGCUCGCAAGCGCCGGAUUCUUGAGCCAGAAGAACUUGGAUCUGGUUAAGAACCACUCCUGGAUAGAGUCGCAGAGUGAACAGAAUACCGCUUCCGGCCCAGCAUCCACAUCAGUGUUGGUGAUUUGUGUGGCAGCCGCUACUUCCUUACUAAUGAGCUGGUGA